UGUGUGUGUCCUCUCCCCUCACAAACAAGCUUUGUACAAUCUGGAAAAGCUGUUCCACUGUGGACAUGGCAGAGAUAAGUCCUACCCUGCCCUUACCCCUACCCCUUACCCCCUCCAGCUCCACACCAUUUUCAUACCCAACCUUCUGAAACCCUUCUCAAAUCCCCAAAUCCCACGCUCAAAUGAUUCAUUCCUGUAAAUGAUUUCUUCAGUUUAAGCUCCAAAUGGGUUGUUCUUCCAAAUCCAAAUCCCUAGCGCCGUUCGUCCUGCUCCUCCUCAUUGCGGCGGCGGUUCCGGUUCUCGCCGCCGACGACUACGCUACCCUGGUGUUCAAAGGCUGCGCCGACCAGAAAUUCCAGGAUUCAAGCUACAGGCAGGCGCUGACCACGCUACUCGACACGCUAAUCUCCCAAUCCGCCUCUACUAAAUUCAACAAGGCGACUUCCGGCGACGGAUCCUCCUCCGCCGUCACCGGGCUGUUCCAAUGCAGAGGCGAUCUGUCCAACGCCGACUGCAACCGGUGCGUGAAGAGGACGCCGGACCUGGCCGGGAAGCUCUGCGGGGAGGCGAUUGCGGCCAGGGUGCAGCUCACCGGCUGUUAUCUGAGGUAUGAGAUUUCAGGUUUCCGGCAGGUGAGUGGGACAGAGUUGCUGUACAAAAUCUGCGGGUCGACUCGGGCGAGUGGGGCUGGAUUUGAGGACAGGCUGGACAUGGCUAUGGGGGAGGUGGUGAAGGGGGUGGGGGGUGGGAACAGUGGCUUCUAUACAGGGGCUUAUCAGUCUGUCUAUGUGUUGGGUCAGUGUGAAGGUGAUUUAGGAAAUGGGGACUGUGUGAACUGUGUGAAAAACGCCAUUGAAGGAGCUAAGACUCAAUGCAGCAGCUCACUUUCAGCUCAGAUUUACCUUCAGAAGUGCUACAUAAGCUACACAUACUACCCCAGUGGUGUUCCCAGCAACCAGCAGCAGCCAUAUUCACAAUCAGGGACAGGGAGGACUACACAGAAGACAAUAGCUCUUGUGCUGGGAGGCUUGGUGGGUGUGGGUCUGGUGAUGGCUUGUUUGUUGUUUGCCAAAACAGCUUUAAAGAAAAAGACCCAUAGUUACAAGUAUGGUGGAUAGAGCAGGGAAUAUGGUGCUCAUAGUUUCCAAGACAAGGUAUCAUACUUUUUUUGAGGUGGCUUUGGAGUAGAACAAGGUAUAAGAAUAUGGACAAAAACUGGCACUUGGGGUUGUAAAGAAAGGGGGAUUUGCUUCACUUUUGUCUAGAUGUAAAGUAAUCUUCCUCUCAAAGUUUUGGUUAUUGUAAUUCUUUUCUAUUUUCAUCCGGUAAAGCUAAAGAUCUGUCAUUUUCUCACUAAAGUUGGUGGGCAUUAAUGAUUUUUAUGUUCAAAAUUACUACUACUUUAUUUUUAGUGACAUGACAUGAAUGUAUAUCCGCAAACUUCACUGAUU